AGAGUUUCUAGGAUUUUCUAGUAUGCCAUCUUCACUGCAUCCGGGUUCUGAAAUCCUCGGACGGGUCCAGCUGGCAUGCCUAUUGUCCAGACACCCCACUUGCAGCCCCGUCCCUGGACCAUGGAGAAUGGCAGUGGCCCUCCCUUUGUCGAAGACAGCCCGGUAAACCGCACACGCUCCAUUCCCUCGUUGUCAAAGCCACAUAUGGCAUGGUCCGGCCCCCCGGUUGAUGUGAGGGCCAUUCUCAUCGACCGUUUGAUGCGCCGGCUCAACAUUAGUCGGCAUAGUCUUCGCCACAUCCACUGGUUCCGACAACUCAAGAACAUCCCGCAAAAUGUGCCUCACCUCAAUGGCAGAUCUGCCAUCGCUACAGCAGAAACGCUCGCUGGUGAAGAAGCUCAACUGCGCGAUAAAUGUGAAACUAUGCGGCAUGAGCUGGAGAGUCUGAAAUCCCGACUUGUACGGCAGCAAUCUGAGAAUGCUGACCUGAAGGCUCAGCAAGAGCACGAUAGGACUACAAUCGCUGCAGGCGAAGGUGAAGCAAGCAAGCUAAGAGAACAGUUGCAGAAUGCUACCAAGGACGCUGAACAUUUGAAAUCACUCGUUAAUCAACUUGAUAUGACUCGAGAGGAGCUGGCUAGCAAACUCCGCUGCAGUGUUGCCGAGCAGAGACAAACCGCCAAUCAUGUUCAAGAGCUGCAAAUGCAAAGAGAUAAGGCGAGAGAGGCCCUUGAGCAAAACGCUGAAGAAAUUGCACACUUGAAAAGGGUUCUCGAAGCUGUUGAUAGAGAGCGAGAUAUGGCGCAAUCUGAGGCCAAUUUGCGGUCCGAGGAGAUUUCUCGGCUGAUGGAGACCAAUUUGCAGAAGGAGAGGGAGUCAGUAGAACUGACAAAGGAGCUGCAGAGGAGUGAGCAGAGGGUGCAGAUCGCUGAGGAAUGCCUCCAGAAGGCUGAUAUUGAGGUAGGUAGGGUUUAACUUAAGGUUUAGGGUUUAGGGUUUAACAACUCAAGUUUGAACUUUGAAGAUGAGUAAGUAAACCCUAUACACCGUA